AUGCCCCGUAUAGAUCCUAUCCAACUACUAAAUUGCCUCAGUGUUCUUCUCUCACCUGAUGGAGGCAUUAAAAGCAGGGAUGAAGUUCAGAGACUAGCAAAGCUAAUGACAAAGUUUUCAAAGAAGCUAGUCUCUAAAUGCAUUUAUAUCCAAAUCCUCAAGUGUACAGAAACUGAUUUAUUAGGUUUAUUUAUGGGAUCAGAAGGUUGGAGACUAGUACACAUGUGGCUUACAGAGAGCAUUGUUGCCAAAAAUUGGCCUUUAGUUAGAGAGUUAUUGGAAUUACUGUUAUUGUGUCCAGUAGAUAUAGAAAGGCUAAAGACAAAUAACUGUCCUAAAUUAGUUAAAGAGCUGUCAAAAGACGGAAAUCACUCCGUUAUAAGAGCAUUGGCAACAAAAUUAGUUGAACAAUGGCUCAAAACAGUGAAAGGAGGAGAACAAGUAGUACCUAUGCAUAUUUCUGAAAUUCAACAAAUUAUAACAGAUUCACAAUUGGAAAUUAAAUUAGAAGAUUUAAAAAAUGAUACAUCGGAUAAUGAAAAAGAUUUAGAUGACCAUGACUCUUCUAAUUUGGAAAAUGAUAGUAAAGUAGAAGUAGAUGAAGAAACUCUAGAGACUCCUAGUAAAAAUGACAUCUCUGAUAAGGAUGAGCAAAAUAUGGAAACUGAAGUUUUACCAGUUUUAAAAAUAACUUUAAAGAAUGGAAAACAAAUCUUAUCACAAGUGGAAGAUGACAGUAAAUCUUCAGAAGAUUCAGUUGACAAGGACACCACAAGAGAAAAACAGAAAAGUAGAAGUAGAGACAAAGACAAGAGUGAAAAAAGCAGUAGUAGUAGUUUAUCAAAAUCUAGCUCCUCAAAACAUUCGAGUAGAUCCUCAUCUAGUGAUAAAAGGAGUAAUCAUAAGGAAAGUUCUAGUAAACAUAGUAGUAAGGACAAAUCAAGGGAUAAAGAUAAAAGAUCUUCCCAUAGUUCUAAGUCCAAAUCUAGUAGUAGCAGUUCUAGUAGUAGCAGACGUUCCAGUUCUUCCAGUAGCAAAUUAAAGGAUGAAAAAAGUAGCAAAGAAAAAAGUAAAGAUAAGGAUAGCAAACAGAGUACAGAAAAAUCUGAUGAUAAGGUGCAAACUGCCAUUAGCAAAUUAGGAAAAAUACCAAAAUUGAGUGAUGUUAAGAAAGAAAAGCUUUCUAUUUCUAUAGAAGUACGAAAACCAGAUGAACCAAAACCAAAAACUGUGAAAACAUUUAAUUCUAAGUUUAGGAAACAUGGAUUAGAAGAAGAAAUGAAACCACCUCCAUCGAGGGCCACUUUGCUAAGCAACAAGAAACCACCACCUGCACUACCACCAACAGUGUCAAUACCUAAAAGACCAUCACCUGUUCAUAAUGACACUCCUCCAGAGAAGAAACCAAAACCAUCUAUCGAUCUUGAAAAGCCAGGAUCAAUAAAACUUAUACCACCUAAACCAAAGCCCAUGGUACUUCAGGAAAGUGAUAUGUUUAUGGAUGCUUUAAAUGCCUCAGCUACCAAUAAAAAGGAACCGAAAAAGAGGAAACGGCGCACCAGUGGUUCCAAGGAUGGGAAUUCGCAGAAUGAUGGAUCACCUCCUCAUACACCAACUGGUGUUACCAGUCCUAAUGGAGACAGUAAAUCUGUACCGCCAAGAUUUUAUCAAGAUACUCUUGACGAAGAAGAUAAUAAGGAUAAAGUGACAGAUAAAAACGAAAAUGAAGGUGAAAAUUCACCAAAAGCAGCUACAAAAGAUAAAAGUCCGGAGGAUAGCAUGGAGACAGAACCACACACAUUAACUGUAAAUGGUAUAAAAGGUGUCCUAUGCUAUCACAAACGAAAAGGUCCCAAAAAAAGUAUUCGAUGGAAACCAGAUUCUGAGCUGGAAGAAAUACAAUACUUUGAACUUGAUGAGACUGAAAGAGUAAAUGUUACUAAAACCUUUACUGACAUGAAACAUUUAGAAAGAAUAAAUGAAAGAGAUGCCUUCCAAAAAGCUAGGAAUCUCAGUAAUGAUGACAUAAUGGAAGAGAGGACUAGUUGGAGACCUUUAAUACCACUUGAUACAGAUGGUCAAAUCCAGAUAGAAUAUGGCAAAAACAGCAAAGAAAAAGAUAUACAAGCCAUACGUCAAAAGGGUACCCUUCAGCCACUAUACUUCCAUAAAGCUAUGAUACCUGACUCACCCCAUGAGCCAGAUGUCGAAACUCACACUUAUGCUGAACCAACAGUUAUUCCACUAGAAGAUGUUACAGGAAACCAAGAUAAUAUAAGUGAUUUUAGAAAUAUGCCUUGGCCUGAACCAAAGGGUAAUGCACCCCCAACAAGCAAUAACAGUUUGAAUGUUCCAUCGAUGUUUCCACCUAAUAUGUCUCAAUACCCAAACAAUUAUCCUAAUCCACAAUUUCCUGGAGGACCACCAGGAUUCCAAGGUCCUCCUAUGAUGUCAGGAGAAUGGCAAAAUGGAGUUCCUCCCAUGAUGCCAAAUGGUAUGCCCGGUCCGAUCGGAAACAAUGUCAUUGGUCCAGGUGCUAUGCCCCCAGGUUCUAUGCCACAAGGUAAUGUGCCGCCAGGUCUAUUGGGACCGCCAGAUAAUAUGAUGAUGGGCCCAGAUAUGUUUGGAGGGCCAAACCAUAUGUUUCCAGUUCCACCUGAUGGUUUUAACAUGCAGCAGAAUAUGUCCCUUCCUGUCGAUUUCAAUAUGUCAGGUCCACCAGGUCCAGAUUUUCCUGGUAAUUUCAGAGGAGCAAUACGCGGCCGUGGUUCUGGUGGACAUUGGAGGGGUAAAGCAGCAGGCGGUUGGGACGGACCCCCUAGGGGGCGGGGAGGUGGUCGAGGUGGAGUCCGCAAAGCUGUGUGCAUUUAUUUUCAAAGAAAAGGGUCUUGUCGACAAGGUGAAAAUUGUACAUUUUUGCAUCCCGGAGUUAAUUGUCCUUUUUAA